GCGUGGGGCCGCGGCCGCCUGCUCCCCGCCGCGCUGCUGCUCAUCUGGGGCGCGGCCGCGCUCGCCGCGCUGCCGCUCUGCCUCUUCUUCACCGUGGUGCGCCAGCCCGUGGGCGGCAAGGAAAUACAAGUGUGCACCUUGGUUUGGCCCAGCAUUGCAGGAGAGAUAUCUUGGGAUAUAACUUUCAGCAUCAUCAUCUUUGCAAUACCAGGAUUAGUCAUUGUGAUCAGUUAUUCAAAAAUUUUGCAGAUUACAAAAGCAUCAAGAAGAAGAUUAAAUGCUGGUUUAGCCUACUCGGAACAACAUCAGAUUCAAGUUUCCCAACAAGAUUACAAACUAUUUCGAACUCUGUUUGUGUUGAUGAUCUCUUUCUUCAUCAUGUGGAGCCCAAUAAUCAUCACUAUUCUCUUAAUUUUAGUUCAGAACUUCAAGCAGGAUUUGAACAUUUUGCCAACAUUUUUUUUCUGGAUAAUGGCCUUCACUUUUGCCAAUUCUGCUGUCAACCCAAUUUUAUACAACGUUACCCAUUUCAGACAGGAAUGGUACCGAGUUUUUUUCUGCUGUGCAACAUCUUCAGAAAGGAUGGCAGCUGGUACGGACACUAUAGUAGGAAGAAAGGACCACAAACAACCUAACAUGUCUGUUAUUUCUAAAUAAUUAUUUGAUGGAGGUACAGUGAUUGAAAAGUAAGAGCAGAAUUGUACUCUGCAAGGCAGGUUUUUACCUAGUGAAAACUGUAUUGACUUUAAUACAGCAAACACAAUUUAUAGUGCAGAUGCUCAGCUAGUAUUUUUAUUUAUUUUUUACUAAAGAUAGAAAUAGUUUUUACACCCCAGUUAAAGAGUUACAUGGAUUCAUAGUAUCCUAAACAGCAAAAAGAAAGUUUAUGUACAUUUUCGUGCACAAACUAAUGUGUGUAUACCUGAACAUAAGUUUGUGUAGACUACUUCUGUUUUUUGCAGCAAAUUCUAAUCUUAAUAUUCAAAUGUGGAUUUUCGGAGUUCAAGAUCUUUGCUGGCAUCCCAAGUUUGGAAAUGUGACCCUUGGUGUUACUUAAACUCAGGGACUAUUUUACUAGAUCCCAUAAAUAAAGUUACAGCAGACAGAAAUGUUUACUUUUUUUUAUAGUUAUAACAAUCGGUUCUUUACAAAAGAUGUAUUUCUGUGUCAGUCCAACAGAAAUCUAACAAAGCUACUUUGUGAUGUGAUUAAUAAACAUCCUUUUUUCUUUAAAUAUUAUUAUGCUUUCCCGUCAGUCCAAUAAAGGAAGCAGAAGUUAUUUCAAGAAAAUUUAAGACAUUUUAAUAACUAGCAGAUUUUUUUGUAAUUUGUCUACAGGGCUCUUAGUAAAAAAAAAAA